AUGACAUGCAAUCUUGAGUGGGAUGAGAUAAAGCGUUUACUAAGAGGUACUGGCCUUAAAGCAGAGGAUCGUCCUGAUAUUACAUCAAGGAUUUUCAAGAUUAAGCUAAAUAAGUUGAUCAGGGAUUUUAAGUAUGAUGACAUUUUUGGAAAGAUUUCAGCAUAUAAACAUAUAAGACCUAAAUUAUAUGCUACUGUUGAGAAAUUCAUGGUUCAUGGUCCAUGUGGGAAGCAUAACAAGAAUAGCCCUUGCAUGACUUCAGAUAAUGGUCAUGUUUCUCCUAUUGUAGAUGAGAUUAAAAACUAUUAUGAUUGUAGAUAUAUAUCGGCAUGUGAAGCUGCUUCGAGAUUAUAUGGCUAUGAUAUACAGGUGAAAGAGCCUGUGGUUAUCAGACUUCCAUUUCACUUACCAGAUGAAAAUCCUAUUGCUUUUAAGGAUUAUGAGAAUAUUCAAGAUGGUUGCACCAGCUUUGAAGACUUAUGUAUUGUUGAUGGUGUUGCACACAGUAGUUUCAAAGAAGCAUGUUAUGCAUUAGGUCUUCUACAAGAUGACAAAGAAUUCAUUGAUGCUAUUAUUGAAGCAAGUACAUGGGCUUCAGCUAACUAUGUUCGUGACCUUUUUGUCAUGCUUCUAAUAUCCAAUAACAUUGCUUGCCCUAAUUUUCUCUGGGAUAGAUGCUAUAAAGAAUUGUCUGAGGAUAUCUUAUUUGAACAAAGAAGGAUUCAUCAUUUGGAAGAUCUUCAAUUGUCUGCUGAAAAGAUCAUGAAUUUGACACUUGCAAAGCUUGAGGACAGAAUGCAAAGUAAUGGAAGGUCUCUUAAAGAGUUUGAGUGUAUGCCUUACCCGUUAUUAGAUGAUGUAAAUGUUUUAGAGGAUCGGUUAGUAUUGGAUGAACUUAAUUUUGAUCGUUCUUUACUUACACAACAAUAUAUACAGUCGCUAAACACCAUGACAGAUGAACAACGUACUGCAUUUGACAUUAUCAUAGAUUCUGUAAAUAAUGACCGUGUCGGGUUUUUCUUUUUAUGUGGUUAUGGAGGAACUGGGAAGACAUUUAUAUGGAGGACUCUUUCUGCUUAUUUAAGAAGUGGUGGGAACAUUGUUCUCAAUGUUGCUUCAAGUGGCAUUGCUUCUUUAUUACUUCCUAAUGGUCGUACUGCUCACUCAAGAUUCAAGAUACCAUUAAGCAUAAAUGAGGAUUCUAUUUGCAACAUAAAGCAAGGCACUCCUCUUUCUAAGCUGAUAUACCUUCCCUUUGGCGGCAAAGUUGUUUUACUUGGUGGAGACUUCAGGCAGAUUCUUCCAGCAAUACCAAUGGGCUCGCAUCAAGACAUAGUGCAAGCAUCCAUUAGUUCUUCUUAUCUAUGGCAAUUUUGUACAGUCUUAAAGCUUUCAAAGAACAUGAGGCUUACUGCUGGAGGUACUAUUGAAGUUGAUAAUGAUCUCAAAGAGUUUGCACAAUGGUUAAUUCAAAUUGGCGAUGGGUUAGCAGGUAAUUCAACAGAUGGUGAGUCUGAGGUAGUCAUCCCUAAAGAUAUUCUAAUUAAUGAUACUACCUUGAAUAAAGAACAAUGGCUUACUAAGUGA